AUGUCACGUGCCCUGCAGGGUCAGGAGAUUAGCACCAUCACUACUAGUCCAAAGCUCCAAAGGAAGAUGACAAGCCAAUCAGCAAUCCAAAUUGAUAUUGCAGCGAUUGGAGCAGCACCAUUCCAAAGACACCUGAAGAGAAAGGACACCGAGGUCUUCAUUGCCAGUCUGUCUGAAAUUGACCGCAUCAUUGAAGAAAAACGCGAGAAUGGCCGCCAGAAGGAAGAUCACAAUGAGCAGGAAUUGGUACAGCACCUACUGCCUAAACAGUACCAAGAAUAUGCAGAUGUUUUCUCCAAGGCAGCGUCUGAUGAGCUGCCUCCCCAAUGA